UUUCUCCCUGUGGACCAUCAGCAUUCCCCACAGAUUGGUUUGUCUAGUAGCAUCUCCUGUCAAGGGUCUACCAUAUCCCUAGCAGAUAAAAUUACAAAAAAUCAUCCAUCCAUGCAUAUCAUAUCAUAUCAUAUCACAUUAUGUCAUAGGGAUUCAGGAUCAAAAUCCGGGUCUUCUUAGUAUUUAACUAUCUCCCACUAUGAUCAUAUGAAGAGUGUCCUGCUUCAUAUUCUCUAGUUGAAGAUACUUAAAUAGGGGCAACUGUCAUACCCCAAUUUUGACCCUGAAUCGCUGAUUCAACACAUUAAUCAUAGCUGUUGCAUGUCUACAUAUCAUACCACGCAUUCCAUACCGCAUAGUGCCUAAAAUAUCAGUCGAAAUAAUUUUUUGGAAAUUACAGACAAACCGAUUGAAUUAAUCAACGGAUGUGCGUCAAAUCAGUGAAUGAAAAAUUUUAAAAUCAAGCUUGCAAACACCAUUUUUAUUAAUCUACGUUUCGCGUAGUUUAAUCUGGUAUGCUCGAAUUAUUUUUCGGCUAAAUUUUUAGCCACCUUUCGACCCGCCUGAGCCUUUUAACCGGUCAAAAUUUAUUUCAAAAUUAAAAGAAAUGUUGUAUUUUUCCAAUAAGUCUAUUUCGUGCUGAUCAUUUUGGUACAUUCAAUUUAAUUUUUUUUUCGAGCAUUUUUACACUCAAUUUUUUUUUUCAUUUUAAGCCCUUUUAUUUUUACGUAUUUGUCAAAGCAUUUAGAAAAAAUAAAUAUAGACAAAUCUUUGAUCAUUUGAUUUUAUUUGUCUUUAUAAAAAAAAAACAUUUAAUUUAUUUCAUUGUAAUUAUUUAACCUCUUUUAAUCUCACUAACAUAUCUCAUAUGGGCAUUUUGGGAAUAUUUAAAAUUGAAACCCUAUAUUUUCUACUAUAUAAACUCAUUGGCCAAUGCAUGAUGGGGGGUGACCAAGAAGAGAAGCGGCACACACCAAUGAGAGCUCUCUCUUCAAAAUUGAAAAAAGUAGAGAAAGUAACAGAAAAUAAAAAUUUGGAAGAAGGCGUGACCAAUAUCUUCUUCUUCAUGCAAUCCAUACUUCACACAUUCAUCUAUCCAAAAUUGCAGUAACAUAACAACUUUAACAAUAUACUUCUUCCCUCAUAUUCACUCGAAAAGGCAUUGAUACCACCACUCUGUUUGCACCGCCGUUAACCCACGCUCCCUUCUGCUUUUUUAAAACCCACCACAAACAUUCACCGCCGCGUAACCUCACAACCCACGUCACGACCGCCGCCGCACCUCACACCCCUCCACCACAUAAAAACAUGUAACUCCAUCUCAUUUUCAAAAAAAUAAAGAAAAAGCAACAACAAUACAAAGCUCAUUUUUCUCACUACCACCACAAAAAUCAUUCAGUGUGCGUCAUAUACUUUAUCCACCCAACGACCCUUUCCGUCGAUGCAAAGUGCAACCAAAGCACCCUCGGUUUCAGUUCACGCUUGAUUUUUUGCAGCAGGAUCAGAUCUACAACAAGAGCAUUCAGAAAUCAGUUUUGAUAAACUCACAAACAUUACCGGUUGAGCAGUAGCCCACGCACGUUAACAAACAGAAUGAAUCCAACUCGGUUCGCAAAGUGAUUCUCAACACGCAUUUAGAACAAAGAACAAUGUCUCAGGAGAUGAUGGACGAGCUAAGGAAGAGUCAAGAAGUAUUGAAGGAGGAACUUAAUCUUUUGAAGAGCCAAAUGAGAUGGGUCUUGGAAACCCUGCAAGUCUUGUUGAGAAAAGAGGGUCACCCAAUUUACGCUGCUGCAACAAAGAUAGCUACUACGCCACAUCCAUCUGGUGUUACCCCAAGUCAAGAGAGAUUCUAUGUGGCAACUCCUCAUUUACCAGUAUAUGGACCUCCCUCAAGGCUUCAUCAUCAACCUCCUUUGGCUAUUGCUCCUCAAAGUCGCCAAAGCCAGGUUCAGAACAAAAAUCAGAAUCAGAACAAGAGGAACAAGGAUCACAAUGACUGGAUUCCGGUGCCAUAUAGCAAGCUCUACCCGCAACUGAUCCAAAAUGCUUUGGUGACCCCUCAAGCUCUUACACCUGUGUCACCAUAUCUGUCAUGGUACAAUCCAAAUGCAACAUGUGAAUUCCAUAAAGGAGCAUUGGGACAUGACCUGGAUUCUUGCUUAGCGCUGAAAGCCUUGGUGCGAGGGUUGAUUAACAAAAAGAGCUUAAUCUUUGAAGAAGAUCAUCCCAAGGUCAAGUGCGAAUACUAUACUGGGACAAUGGGGCACUCCAUCGAGGAAUGCAAGAGUUUUAAGCUCAAGUUGCAAGGAUUGAUUGACAUAAGGUCACUAACACUCAAGGAGGAAGGCUCGGGUACAUAUACCUUGAUUUCUGAGCCAUGUAAUGAGAAAGGGAAAGGACCCUUGAGACCCCUCAAGGUUUUGUACCACAAGGAAGAUGUCAGGGAUGUGGCUAAUGAGCUAUCAUUGUUUCCUGGUAAGAGCAUUGAGAUACCGCCUUGGAUUUCCAAUGUCACGGCCCAUACCAAUGAAAGAAAAGUACAAGUGAGUAGUGGAUCCAAGAGGGUUGCGUUCAACGAUGAGAUUGAAGGAAAGGAAUUUGAAGAUCAUCAUGCCAAUGUCAAAAAGCUUGUUGAUCCCAACCUUCAAGUUUGAAGAAGUCAAUUCCCUAAAGCUGGCAAUCAUUUGGCCGUUUCAGCAUUUCUUUUGUAGUUUCCUUGCAUGUUGAUUGUUAAUUGCUUUUAAGCAUUGUUGUUUUCUUUGAAUCGGUAAGAUUAAUGAAAUGUUUAUGCAUCUUUUGAAUUAAUCCAUUCGUAUUCACUCAUUUCUCAUUUACGUUAGAAACAAAAAUACUCUUCUCAUUCACUUUUGUUUAUCAAACCGUUUUGUUAACAAAGAUUGGAAGGAGGAUGAUGAAAACUAAACACUUGAAAUUGUUGUGGUAUGCUUUUGAGUAAAACCUUGUCGAUGAUGUAAGGCAUUGUUUCAAAUCCCCAAACACUGAAGAAAUAAGGAGUUAAUCCCUAGUCAACCACUUUGAGCCUAGAAGUUGGUGUUUAUUUCGGAUCUAAAACCCUUAAUCUUAACCUGGGGCAGGGUAGUUAUGUUCAGAUAGUUUGGUCAUGCAUUCGAUCUUUCAAAAAAAUCGUCCAUAUGAACACCCUCCAAUUAGGUUCAACCACAUGUUAUCCUUCGCGCACGUGUUGGAGCGUCGAAAAGGUUGAGAAAAGCUAAAAUUAGUGUUGGUUGAUCCUCAUCCACCAAUAAUGUGGCAGUCAAUACCUUUAAAAAAUAAAAUAAAAAAGCCCGCUAAGUCAAAAACCACAAAAUGACUUAGGCAAAAGUUAGGGCAUCCCGAUGGACCGAAAGCUUCAAAAAAAAACGGUCCAGGCAAAAUUAGGGAUAAAAUAAAUCAAUCAAAAGAGGUCAUUGAAUCCUCGACAAAAACAAAAUAAGGUGACUGCCAUUUCAAGAAAAUUCGUCUUGAAUCCUCAUCACACCUUCGAACCCUCUUGGAAGUCGAAUGCGUGUAUUGAAUUAACUGAACAUAGGAACUGGAGAUCAUCAAGAAGAUGGGGUGGGUAAAAGUAAAUUUUGAGCCUUAUAUCCUUUUGUUUCAAAAAAAACCGUGAACCAGACCACGUUAUAACCCUUAAAAGACCUAAUUGAGACAGGGUUUAUUUUGAAAGCAUACUACAACAAGGUUGUGUUAACCUGACUCCAAACGAUUUUUGUUAAUCAUUUGAUGGCACCAACUUGCGUACUGUGAAUGACUUGAUCACCAUUGUGUUCUUAUCAACGACUCGGUCAUUGUAUUUCACUCAUUCAUAUCAAUAAACUUUGAUUUCAAAUUUUUGCAUAAGCAUGGAAUUAAAAUUACCAUUUUUGAAUGAACAAUCUUAUUUGCGAGUCAACACUUAGCAUCAAAGAAAUUCCAAAUACAGUUGAGGAACUUGAUAAAGUGAAAGAAGCCUGGUCAGGGGCAAAUCGCUUCGAGCAUCAGUUAAUUCGAGCUAAUCACCCUAAGGGUCAUCUAACCAAGAGUAAUUUGCUUCAAGACUUAAACCGGGACAAGCCACCUCAGAGCUCAGUAAGUCCAACUAUCCAAAGGACAGUCAACCAAGAGUCUGUCAUUCCAACAUUUGGUUAGUCAAGUUCGGACCAUUGCAAGUUUUAAACACUUGGGGCAAGCCACCUCAGAGCUCAAUGAGUCUAACUAUCCAAGGAAAGUCAAUCAAGAGUCUACCAUUCCAACAUUUGGUUAGUCAAGUUCAAACCAUUGCAAGUUUCAAACACUUGGGGCAAGCCAUCUCGAGGUAGUCUCAUGGGAAGUUGUUUCCAAACUCACUUUCAAGGUGAACAUUUUCAAAGACCCGACAAACUGGGGCAAGAUGAGCCACAGAGGGGCAGAACCUCUUUCUUCAUGCUUUCAAACUGCUCAAAUAAAUUCUGCCAUACGUCAACAACUAUUGAGUUUAAGACGAGCGCCUGGAAAUGAUGCUAGCAUGAUUCAUUAAUUCUCCAAAAGGAUCCCAUUGGCUAAGUUGUGGUGUCAAGCUUGAUAGAAUUCUCCUUUGAUAACAUCUAUCAUAAAAUAUUCGGUUGAGUUCUCGGUGUUGAGGAAUCAUGAGCUUCCAUAAAAAGCCUUUACAAACUCCCAGUCUGCCCAGUGUCAGCAUCCUCAUAAUCAUGAUCAUUCAUAUAUCAUGCAUAAAAGGAAAUUCAAAUCAUGCAUAGCCGAAAUGUACUUCGUGCUCAUUUUGCAUUGACCUAGGUCUUGUUGUUGAUCCUAUGUCUUUGGACCUCUAAUUCCAGUUUGUCUUUGGUAUCCUUAAACCAACCUCCGGUUGUCACGGUCAUUUUCAAGUCCAAUUGUUGUUGGCAAAAUCCGUUAAAAGCCGGUUGUAGUCCAUUGCUUACGGUCAGAGUCCAAUUGUUGUU